UGGGCUGUUUGUGUUGAAUUUCGAUCGCAUCCCGGGCGAGCUCGCGAGCGAAUCCGUUUCGUCACUCGCGUGCCCGGAGCACCAGGUCUCGUCCCCAACGCAUUGCCCUUCCAGCGAUAAGUGUACCCGACCAACAGAAUGUGUGAAGGGGAGCCCAAGGCGAUGCCCAUCUUAUCGCAGCCCGUGCGUGCUAGAAGUUUAGUGCGGGCGAAUAUCGAGAAGCCUAGUGUGAUAUUGCACAGCAGAAUGCCCAACAUCAAAGUCUUCAGCGGUACCUCGCACCCCGAUCUCGCGCAGCGGAUCGUAGACCGCCUGGGCAUCGAUCUUGGUAAAGUUGUUACCAAGAAAUUCAGUAAUCUCGAAACAUGCGUGGAGAUAGGCGAGUCGGUGCGUGGCGAAGAUGUGUACAUCGUGCAAUCGGGCAGUGGAGAAAUCAACGACAACCUGAUGGAGUUGUUGAUUAUGAUCAAUGCUUGCAAAAUCGCAUCAGCGAGUCGCGUGACCGCCGUUAUCCCAUGCUUCCCGUACGCCAGACAAGACAAAAAGGACAAAGGUGAGGGUGCAAAAGACCAACUACAAAAGUGGAAAUCAAACGAAUGGAAGUUCAGGAGUCGUGCGCCUAUCUCUGCCAAACUGGUGGCAAACAUGCUGUCUGUCGCCGGCGCCGAUCACAUUAUCACAAUGGACCUGCACGCAUCUCAGAUACAAGGCUUCUUUGAUAUUCCCGUGGAUAACCUGUAUGCCGAACCAGCCGUCCUGAAAUGGAUUAAGGAAAAUAUCGCAGAUUGGCGCAAUAGUAUCAUUGUAUCGCCCGAUGCUGGUGGCGCGAAGAGAGUCACUUCAAUCGCAGAUAGACUCAAUGUUGAGUUUGCGUUGAUUCACAAGGAGCGAAAGAAGGCUAAUGAGGUGGCGUCGAUGGUACUUGUCGGUGAUGUGAAGGAUCGCGUUGCUAUUCUUGUCGACGAUAUGGCUGACACAUGCGGCACAAUUUGCCACGCCGCAGAAAAACUUAUGGAGGCUGGUGCCACCAAGGUUUAUGCAAUUCUUACCCAUGGCAUAUUUUCGGGGCCGGCUAUUUCCAGGAUAAAUGCGGCAUGUUUUGAGGCUGUCGUUGUUACCAACACCAUUCCACAGGACGGACAUAUGAAAGAGUGUUCAAAAAUUCAGUGUAUUGAUGUUUCCAUGAUGUUUGCCGAGGCUGUCCGGAGAACGCACAACGGCGAAUCUGUUUCUUAUCUCUUCUCGAACGUUCCUUACUAAAUGGAUAACAAACAUCAGCAAAGCGAAUACACUGCAAAUAUUUGAAAGACGAAUCAAUUUGCUACUAAUAUAAAAUAUACACUAGAGUCGAUAAAAAUAGUAAUACAUAUAUGUAUUUGAAUUAUACAAUGAUAGAGAUGAAUGUAAAUUACGGAUGAUCAUAUGGCCACAUACAAAAACAAAGGUGAUAAGAAUGUACAUGGGCUAACUAAAAUCAAAAUAAUUGGGCCAACGAACAUUGAAAGAACGCAUCAUUUCGGAAGUGGUUUGCGUCAAAUUACAUGAAGAUAUUUUAUAUUCCAAAUGUUAAUACAGAAAUAUAUAUUUACUAUGUACAUUUUUAUAUAGGACACAAUGAAGCGAAGCUGUUCUGUUAAUUGGAAGCGAUUGAUCACAACACAACCACUUUUUAUUAGAUUUUUUUGUCGAUGUACGGGCAUUGUCCUGGUUCGUACGGUCCAUUAUCUGGUUUCUUACAUAUGAAAUGUUUUUUCGGAUUCAACGCACACUGAAAAUUUAUUUUUUUGUUACUUUAAUACAUCCUGUUUAUGUUUGUUUAUUGACUAUCUUUUGAUGAUUUCAAACAAUUGUUAAUAAUACACUCUUAGAUGGAAUCUCUGGAUGCGUCCGAGCAUUACAUUCUGCGCGAGCAUUGUGAUUAAUUUAACUUGUUGCCAUAAUUAUUGUUUAAAUGUUGAAUAAAUGCAGGAAUUGUUUUCGUUAUGCUAGAAA